AUGGACGCUUGCCUGGACCGUGCCUCUCCGGCUGGCACAGGCUCCUGCCUUCGGUGGCCGCCAGGGCACGAUGCUACCGGCAGAUCCCCUCACCUCCCCCUGGACUGUCCGUGCAGCCAGGGGCACUUCGCUGCCCCCAACCUCCGAAAAUACGGCGUCUGCAAAGUGACUCUGCCCUCGCCCAUGGCCACCCAGGAGAAGGAGGAGGACCCCUUUAACUAUGACUACCAGAGCCUGAGGAUCGGGGGACUGGUGUUUGCUGUGGUGCUGUUCACCGUCGGCAUUCUCCUUAUACUCAGCAGGAGGUGCAGGUGCAGUUUCAACCAGAAGCCCAGAGCUCCGGGGGACGAGGAGGCUCAGGCUGAGAACCUCAUCACCUCAAACGCGACGGGAGCACAGAAGGCGGAGAACUGA